AUGGCCUCUAAAUACUAUGCUCCACGGGGGGGUCUGCCUCCUCAGGACCAAAUCCUCACCGAUCGCGCCAUGUUUACUGAAGCAUAUGCUGUGAUCCCCAAAGGGGUCUUUUCAGAUAUAGUCACGAGCUUUCUUCCUUUCUGGGAGAAGACGCGGUUGUGGGUGAUUGCCCGUCCAUUGUCUGGGUUUGCCGAGACGUUCUCGCAAUACAUUAUGGAAGUGCAGGCCGGAGGCGGCAGUGAUCGUGCCGAGCUUGAUGACGCCGCCGAGGGUGUCGUGUUUGUGGUGGAAGGCGAGGUUUCAAUUACCCUGGACGGCAAAACGCACACGCUCACCGAGGGCGGGUAUGCAUUCCUCCCACCGAAGAGCGGCUGGACCCUCCGCAACAACGGCGCAACGACCGCCCGUUUCCACUGGAUUCGCAAGGCCUACGAAGCUGUCAAUGGACUCGAUAAGCCCGAGCCCCUCUUCCUCAAUGAAAAAGAAAUUGCGCCCACCGUGAUGCCGAAUACCAACGGAGCUUGGGCAACCACCCGGUUCGUCGACCCGACCGACCUUCGUCACGACAUGCACGUCACCAUCGUGACCUUUGAGCCUGGCGGUGUUAUUCCGUUUGCCGAGACGCACGUAAUGGAGCACGGUCUCUACGUUCUGGAAGGUAAAGCCGUCUACCGACUGAACCAGGACUGGGUUGAGGUGGAAGCGGGCGACUUCAUGUGGCUGCGUGCCUUCUGCCCGCAGGCCUGUUACGCGGGUGGCCCUGGCAAGUUCCGCUACCUGCUUUAUAAGGAUGUGAACCGCCACAUGAAGUUCUCCCGAUUGUAA